UGCGGGAAAUUUCUAGUGAGAUUUGAGAAGAAAUCCAUUCAUAAUUUUCGGGUCUUCCCAUAAUUUUAUCGCUCAGUACUCAAGAACAAGAAUACAAACGUCAAUCGUAUAUUCACAAGUUAAUGUUCAUCAGUGAAUCAUUGGCAGUCACAAUUUUCAGUUCAUCGGGCAUUGAAAUUUGCAUCAAGUGCUGAUUCAUCUGUAAUUGUCGAGACACUACUGCGUAUUAAUUAUCGUAAUCAUCCAGCAAAUCAUUUGCCUCAUCCGGUUGACAGUGUGGAAGACUAAAUCAAAAUGAACGAUUUGCAGCAAGAGGUACUCACAAUAUGCAAAGACCUGGAUGAGUACCUAAAAUGUACAAAGUGUUAUCGUAUAUUGAACAACGAAAUUUACCUCUGCGAAGCAGGCCACCUGGUCUGUUCCUCUUGCGCCCAAUAUUCCUCCAACGAAACAUGUUCGAUCUGCAGGAUGAAGUACACAAAGACACGAAAUUUCUUAGCUGAGAAGUUGAUGACAAACCUGGAGACAAUCAAAGAAAAGAUGAAUGAUAAUAUGAAAGAUAAUGACGACGACGUCAAGUGCAUUUCCAGCGAGUCCAACAACGUCUUCUGGAAAACUUGGCCCUGCCAGGUUGAAAAGUGCAAGUUCCAAGGAACUAUUCAGGAAAUUCGUGAACACUGCAAGGAGAAUCACUCUGGUAUUUACAUAGAGCAUUGCGAUUCGAUUCUUCCACACUCAACAGAUUUUUUUUUGGAGUACGCAUUUCCUCGUAGGAUCGAACGACUCCUAAAUAUUCCAGGAGUUGGUUUAUUCCUUCUUCAGGUGGCUACUUACGAUAAUGGAGCUCUCCGAGCUUUUUUGCUCAUGUACGACACUGGGAGGAAUGCGAAAAGGUAUCAGUACAAGUUGAAGGUCCAGUGUAAUGCCCAGAACUCGAUCGUCGAGGGACAGGUCGACUCUGUUCGUAUUCCAAAGCCACAUCUCUCCAAGAAAGGUCUUUUCGUGCCAAGAGCCCACACCCUUCAGCAGGAACUGCAGGCUGCUCUUAAAUUCACGUGCCAUGUUGAAUUGAGCAGAAAUAUUCAACCACCAGAGCAGAACCCCCAGAUCUCCCAGAAGAAGAAGCUUGAAAAAAACUUCUCGAAGAAUCAAAACAAGUCAACGAAUGGAAAUUCUCAGAAUCUUGAGGAUAAAUCUAGCGAUUCAGCCACCAAUAAGCCAAAUCGUCUGAAGAAUCAUAACGGGAAGAAGACACCGAUCGAGGUAAAGUCUUCAGAGCCCCAGAAUCCCCUGUCGAAGGUGACUAAUCCUUUGCAGAUCAGGGAAGGAUUUGUGAAAUUAGGAGGAUCCAGGAGUGAUCCUUUGAACUCAAAUCUACCAUCUGUCGUAAAUCCAAUGUCGAGUUACGGAGGACAAGCCGUCGGGUAUCAGCCACCUCGGGGAGGAAUCAAUUCUGGAGUGGUACCUCCUCCUCAAGGAUUGUUCCCUGGGGCGAAUCCUUAUUAUCGUCCUCCAAAUUAUGGACAGGCAAGUGCUCCAGUAGAACCGGUAGCAGUUCAGUAUCCAGAUCUAACACACCUGCAACGGACACUUUCACAGGAUCGAUUGAGGGUAGCAGAGAGGAAUGGCUGCAAAGGGGAUUCAAAGGAAAAAAAAUCCCAAGAUAAAUGUGUUAUUUCUUAAAGAAGGUUUAUCUGAAAUGAUUUCGACAAAGUAUAUUCGAGAAAAUGUCUCAAGGCCCUUUUUUAAAAAAUUAGUUCUAUGGUAAAGAGAGAUAUACGAGAGAUAAAAGAGAUAUUUUCUCCAAGUAUUGAUAAUUAUCGGAAUGCUUGUAAAAUUUAUCGAAAUUGAUAACGAAACAUGGAAAAACGAAUCAAUCUAGCUUCAUCAGUUGAAAUAUAAAUCCUUCGUGAUUAUUUGAAGCUUUAACAGAUUGAGAUCGUCGUCAGAAAUGAGUAUUCAAAGAUUUUUUGGGGGUAAGGAAAUUUUCGACCUAAUGCGUGUCAAUAUUUUCUCUAAACGCCAGAAGUACAGAGAUGAUUAUAAUAAAUAUGAUAUUCCAUGUCGCAAUGGUGAAUUUUUUAUAAUGUAAAUAUCUCAAAAUCGAUUAGGCGUAAAGAAAAAUAUCGAUACUUUUGUCGAAACUUUUUCCAAUCCGGUCCUAAAAUUUCUUUGAAAUCUCUUGAUCGCAGUAAUUAUUAAAGAAAUUUAAUUAUUUCAUGAAUUGAGAGUAAAUUCGGUAUUCUUUAAAAGACCGAAACUGUUACAUCGUUAAUUAUUCAUUACCUCUCGUGAUUUUAUUGAUGGCAUUAGUAGUGAUUUGUUCAUGGACUUUUAGAGUUCAUCGUCAGAGGUAUGAGAUACAUAUUUUUACUUACAUGAGGCUCAAUCCUAAUUAGUGGAUAAUUGUUGCCUUUAAUGGAGUUGCUCAGAAGUUAAACGUAAUAAUGGCAAGUUUAGUUAUGAUUGCUAAUAAUUAUUGCUGUUGUAAAUGGGUUUAUUACAAUACCCUGCGUCGUAAGACAAUCGAAAGAUGUCAUAAAUAGGGACUUUCAAUCCCGAAUAGCCCAAAUAUUUACCAUGAAAUGUGAGUAUAUAUCACAACUGUAAAGAAACUCUUUGAGAGAAAAUGUCGAGAAAUAUUUUUUUAUCCUGAUUUUCAUCAGUUACAAAAAACACCCCUUGACAUAUUUCCUGAAUCUGGAAUCAAUGAAAUAUCUAACCACUAUUUUUAUGUUCACUAUUUUAACAUCAAAUGUAUUAAAUAAAAAGUGAAAAAAACCAUGUAUUAAAUAAAGUGAUUUUCAAAUAAAA